AUGGUUGCCCAAGCACAAUCCAGACCACUCGAACCUUGUUUCGUUUGUGGAGAAAAUGGGCAUUUAGCUAAGGACUGCUUAGUUUACAAAGAAAUGAAGGGGGUUCAUGAGGAGCAAUGCAAUGCCUUAGGGCAAUAUAACAAGCCAUUCUCCCAUACGUACAACCCUGGUUGGAGAAACCACCCGAAUUUCAGUUGGAGAGAUAACUCUAACCAAGCUCAAACAUCUGGAGGACAAUGGAGAAAUGAGCAUCAAGCUCAACCUCCAAAGGCAUAUCCUACGCCUCAAUACAAUGCUCAACAACAAGGGAACUCCCUUGAAAGCACUAUUCAUGCAUUCAUUGAGGAACAAGCUAAAAUCAAUCGCCAAUUAAAGGAAGAUGUCCAAGAAAUAAAAAGUCAAUUUUCAAAAUUGACCGCAUCCUUGGCUAUUUCUGAGAAAGGCAGACUUCCUUCCCAGCCUCAAUUUAAUGCACAAGGGCAACACAUGGCUGAAAUCUCCACCUCUAAUGAUCCCAUCGUUAAAGGGGUUAACGCCAUCACAACAAGAAGUGGUAAAGCUUUGGAAGAUCCAUCCAUCAAAACCACUACUUCAAAUUCAAAAGUUGCCCCUGACAGUGCACCGAUAAAUGGUCAAGCAAAAGUACCAUUUCCCCAGGCUCUUAGACCUGUUGGGAAAAUUCCUGAAAACCGAGCUGAACUCCUUGAGCACUUGACACAAGUGAAGAUUAAUCUUCCUUUGCUUCACAUCAUAAAACAAGUGCCAGCUUAUGCCAAAAUCAUCAAGGACUUGUGCACUGCUAAGAGAAAGCACCAUGUCAAGAAGACUGCUUUCUUGACUGAACAAGUGAGUGCGGUGAUCGAACAAAAGACACCGCCAAAAUACAAAGAUCCUGGUUGUCCCACCAUUUCAUGCCAAAUUGGGACUCAUGAAGUCAGCCAAGCUUUGCUUGACCUUGGCGCGAGUGUGAAUCUCAUGCCUUACUCUGUGUACUCGCAACUUGGUCUUGGAGAAAUGAAGCCAACAUCUGUUGUGCUGCAGCUUGCUGACCGCUCUAUCAAAAAGCCUCGGGGUAUCGUUGAGGAUGUUCUUGUUCAAAUUGAGAAAUUCUAUUAUCCCGUGGACUUCCUUGUUCUGGAUACUCAAUCUGUGGUCAACAUGGAAUCCAAGAUUCCCAUCAUCCUUGGAAGACCAUUCCUUGCCACUGCAAAUGCUUUGAUCAAUUGUCGUAAUGGUCUAAUGAAAAUAUCAUUUGGAAAUAUGACACUUGAGGUCAACAUUUUUCACAUUGGGAAACAACUUCAAGAGGAUGAAGAAUGUCAUCAAACAUUCAUGAUUGACAAUCUUGUUUCUGAAGAGAUUCAAUUGCAAAGAAAUUUCGUUAAUCUUGAUGAACUCCUCUCACGCCUUGAAAAUGAAAAUCCCAGUUUUGUUGAGUCCGCUCUUGCUACCGUUGAUCAAUUGGACACACAAAACAGAGGGAAGAAAUUUUGGAAGCCACACUUUGAAGCAUUACCUCGUGAGAGGGAAACGCUAAAAGCUUCUGCCGAAGAACCUCCCAAUGUUCAACUGAACCAACUUCCAAAGGGUUUGAAACAUGUUUUUCUGGGAGAUGGCCAAACCUUUCCAGUUAUCAUCUCGUCCGACCUUCAACUUUCUCAAGAAUUGCAGUUACUCGAGCUACUGCGAAAAUACAAACUUGCGAUAGGUUGGACGUUUGCUGAUAUCAAAGGUAUUAGCCCUCGAAUUUGCACCCACCGAAUUAAUCUGGAAGAAGAAGCUAUCCCACGAAGGGACCCUCAAAGAAGACUGAACCCACCAAUGAAAGAAGUGGUGAAAAAUGAAGUGUUAAAACUUCUUGAUGCUGCUAUCAUUUACCCGUGGCCGAUAGCAAAUGGGGUCAGUCCAGUUCAGGUAGUACCUAAGAAAUCAGGGGUUACUGUUGUCCAAAAUGACAAAGGGGCCCUUGUUCCCACCAAACCGUGA